CGCAUGUGUUACGCGGCUCUGUGGUGUUUUCUACGCCGGGAAUUCCAGUUCUGCGAAGGUUUUCAGGUUUCCUAAUGACAGCAGAUAGGACCGAUGACUUCCGGUCGGAACUAGUGGCGCUGCAUGCCGCCGCUGACGACCCCGGACAUGCGGAAUAAGCUGCGAGAGGGCCCGCGCGCGGGAAUCGAGUCUUGUCUGCUAAUCGAGACUUAAGCCUUUGGGGACCCACACGGCCUGAAGGAUGCGACGAGGGGUCUGGAUUUUCGGCCUGGCGCUGCCGCUGCUGCUACAGCAAACGCUGACACCUGCGAAGGCUCAGCGGUUUUCAGAUGUCGGGCAUUUUCGCUUCCCACGACCUGCACGACAGCAUGUGGCACUGCUCGGGGGCAUCCGACCGAGCCGGUCGAGCGUCCUGACCACGCGCUGCGUGAACCCGAGGCUCUAUUUCCGCAACGGCUUCGCGAAGCUGCGCUUCCGAGGACGCGUCGUCAAGUACACCUGCCGGCCCGGUUUCACGAUUUUCGGCGACUCGGUGUCAAGCUGCAACGCCGGACGAUGGGACCGGCCCGUUCCCGUAUGCGCAGCCCCUGGUUGCCGUCUUCCGUCUCGAGACCUUCUUCCUCGUGGCACGGUGGAGAACGUGCGUGGCCGUGGCCUGAUGUUGCGCUUCCGGUGUCGCCUUGGCUACACGCUUCGCGGAGGAGCAUCGGCAUUUUGCGACGGGCGCUCCUGGAACGGCUCCAGACCUACAUGCGUCCCGGCUGUCACGGACCCUGACCCAUCGUGCGACUUCGAGGCCCUGGACCAGUGCGGCUGGUCGUCCGACUUGAGCAGCGGAGUCCAGUUCUCACGGCAGCACGACAGCGAAGACGAUGACGUGGAGCCCGUCGACAACGUCACCAGUUCUGUCGGAGCCUCUGAAUUUUCGCCCUCCGGUCACUACAUGGCGCUGGAGAGCCUGGGUCAUCCGCUAGCACUUCAGGACCUGGGAGUUCCGGCGAAAUUGGUGUCGCCCCCUUACCGGCCACUCAGGUUUCGGGCCUGCUUCCGCUUCUGGUACCGCCUCUCCUGUCACCCGUGCAGUCUCCUAUUGUUGCUGUGGAAUUCGACGAGCGAGACGGCCCUGUGGGGCUCUACCGGACCACGCAAGGGCGGCUGGGCUAACGUAGAGUUGCCGAAGACCACCGAAGAUUUUCAGCUAGUCUUUGCGGCGCGCACUCAACAACCAGGUGAGGGAGGCGUGGCCAUCGAUGACGUCAGGCUGGGUCCGGAGUGCCAAGAGGUGCCGACCGCAGAGCCGCCACCGGCGACAACCACAUUGCUGCCGGAUGACGUCACCACCGAGUUUGAUUCGGGUGACACGUGGGAUACGACGACGACGACGGAGGCUAGCACUUCCGUGAAUCAGGAAGAUGUGGCAGAGACUGGCACGAACAGAGUCGGUGCCAUAGCAACGAGCACCGAGGACUUUCCGACCACACACGGGCGCGACCAGCGGCCUUCCGAGAGGACAACGCCUACGACUUUGCUAUACGAGUCCACGGCGCAGCCAAGGUCUUCCCAAACUACAGCCUCUGUUCAUUCGCCAUCGUCGUCCUGGCCAGUUACAACGCCAUGGUCACUUGCUGUUCCCACGAUCAGCGUGAUUCGCGGAGGAACAUCCGGCCCUUCAGCCGCAGUAGCGCUCACGACAAGUCUGGUAACAUCGCUUCCGACACAUGCGCCCCCUGCGACAAAAGUAUCGCCGCAUACUUCGAACUUGCCUACCGUGGCCUCGACCUACAGCGCAAGUUCAAGUUCUUGGCGGGAAAUAUACCCGACCACUGCUUCCGUUCCUACUACGCGUCUUGUUGUUAGCAGUUCGCAAAAGCCGUCAACUUUGAGCGCAGGCAGAAAGCCUCAUGCGACCACCGCAAGUCCCGCGUUCUCGGCCACUGCACCAAGAACUACGCUGGUGACAGUAUCGGGCACACUAGGGCCUACACCGAGGCGGCAACCACCAACAACUGCCGCUUGGCUUCACACAACAACUUGGCUUCGUCCAACCACAUGGCCAAGCGUUUACCCAAGCGUUGAAGGCAAUACGGUGGGGCCGGAUGUUACGUCAGUAAAACCCUCAGGAAGCAAGGCGACCACUGCAGCGCCGUAUACGAGAAGCCGCACUACUUCUUGGCGCACAUUCACGUCAACGAGAACAGAAGCCACCAAGCGUACAACGCUUUGGCUACCACAAAGCACAGCGGCCACUCGUCGUCCAACUACCCGCCUUUUUAUCGCAAGGAACACGACAACAGCAUAUAGCACUGCGUACUCAAGGCUGUUUUCAACCGUUCCCCCUACUAGAGGUCCUGUAACGAGAGCGUUCUCGAUGGCCCAGACGGCUGCAUCAACUCCCUUGACAAAGCCGACCAAGCCUACCAAGCCGAGGAAGAAAGCCACGGAACUGUACACAAAGCCCGCCAUGUGGACUAAAAAGCCAACCAAUAAGACGGAAGCUCUUACAACUUCGCCUCCCGACGUCCAUCCUUCGACACUCUCAUAUUUGGCGAGCACGUUGACUUCAAGACCUGCGAUUUCAAACCAAUCAACUUCAGGUAUGCCGACUUCCAACCGCCCCUAUUCGAGCCGGCAGCCAUCUUAUCGCAGUCCCAAAUUCGUGCCGACGGAGGACAGCAACCACGUGAUGAAACACGUCACGAAGCCGCCUGGGACCUCGUCCACGUCCAGCGCUCGGUCGAAAAACGACGAAGGCAACGAUGUCAUGCUGAACGACAUGUCGGCAAUGCCGGUGCUACAGGAGAAGCACUCGGCGGCCGCGCCACUUACCGGGUCAGCCUGGAUGGUUCCGGCCCUUCUCAUCGCCGCUGGCAUCUUAGUUACCGUCUUGUUUGUAGCCACGGCACUGUACCGAUGCCGGCGACGAUACAAGGAAAGUGCGGAUGAUUCCGAGAUGAAACCCCUGUCCAAGUACGCAGACGUAGAUGUUGGCGAAACUUCCUCUUGAACUCGCCUGCUCUGUUCACAUGCGAGCAUUAGCGUGAACAAGAAUUGGCCGUACGUGGCGUUUUGUGAAAACUUGGGCGACCAUCUUUUAGUGGACACAUGAAGUUCGAAGCACAAUUGCGCGGUAUGGCGUGCGCACCGCGACGUUUACUAUAUUUGUUUGCUGCUGAGACAUAUUUUCUCGGAUUAACUGAACGUCGCGGCAUCCUCCGACAGAAUGUCGUACCCGCACGUUCUUUCGGCCGCUGCGUAAAGAUAUGAAUUAUUUAAUUUGAAAAUCAUACAGCCCCGUCUAGUGAGCGCUCUUAAUCUAGCCGUAGUAUCGGGCACUUCGAGUGAUAAAGAGUUUCCGUGAUUCAGGCGAACAAAAUAAAUGGCCUAUUGACUGCAUGCAAGUACGUUCUUCCUGUGACAGUCGGAGCAAGAGGAAACGUGAAGUCUUACGACUUGGCCUUAACGUCUCGAUGAUCAAGGGUUCCGUGCAGCGUAGCCUUAUUGCUAAACAACCAACACUGAACUUCUCGGUAUCACUAUUUCUUUUGAAUCAUGAAUUUGGUCCACAUCUGCAAUAUGACAAGUCGUGUCGUCGCUUAUAGAGCGUGCUGCGCGAGUCUCGGUGCUCAUAUGUUACUUCAACAUCUCGAAGCCAUGGUAAAAUGAAACCAAUGUGCCUCCUUACUUCUCCACGACUUCACUUGCACUCGUUGCAGUGGUCGGCUUCGCCAAAUAUGGAGACGAAAGCACUGCGUCUUGGAGACGCGUUCCUUACUACUGGAAGGGGCAUGUUCUAUCUUCACAAUAAAGGUGACAACGUUGUUAAAU